AUGCAGCGGAGUCCAGUGCUAGGUCUUUCGCCCAGCUUCAACAGCUACAACUCCGGCAGGCUUGCUGAGAUUGCUGCCAGGAUUAUUGAAGAGUUGGGAGAGUCGGAGUUUCAAACCGAAAUUGAAGCUGGAAAUGAUCUUGAGGAAUCCAUUCAUUCUUUGCAAGUUAAAGAAGGUGAUGAGGAAUCCGCUCUUUUCUCCGAAGUUAAAAGUGGAAAUGAUGAUGAAGACGUGAAAGAGGAUGAGGUCGAUGGUGAUGGUGAUGAUGAUUCAGAGUUUGCUUUUGUGUGGAGGGAGCCGGAGACGUCGCCGAUUUCGGCGGAUGAGAUUUUCUACAACGGCCAGAUUCGGCCGGUUUUUCCGAUUUUUAACAGGGAUUUACUGCUAGGCGAGGGGCAGAACCAGGAUGUUUCCGUAAAGCCGCCGACUCCGGCAUCGAUUCGGCGUCCUUUGAGGAAGCUUUUGAUAGAGGAGAGAGGAACGGGUUCGUGCUCGUCAUCGGAGGCUGACGAGCUCGAGGGAGUGCCGGCAGGGACGUACUGCGUGUGGACGCCCAAGGCGGCGGAGUCUCCACCGGCAAGGUGCAGGAAGAGCAACUCCACGGGAUCAUCGAAACGGUGGAAGUUCCGCGACUUCCUCCACCGGAGCAACAGCGACGGCAAGGACACUUUCGUCUUCCUCACUCCGAACUCCAGCAUGAAGAAAAAAGCAGAAAAGGAAGCCCCCUCGGGCGCCGGAAAACCUAAGCCAAAAGCAGUAGCCCGGGAGAAUGCGACGUCAGCAAACCGGAAAAACAACACAGCGGCAAAGAAGGAAGGUGAUCGACGGCGGUCGUUUCUUCCGUACAGGCAAGAUCUGGUAGGAUUCUUCGCAAAUGUGAACGGCUUGAGUAGGAAUCUCCAUCCCUUCUAG